UUUGUGGGUCACAGUAUUUAUUCGGUUAGAUUGAAGACGCGUUGCAUAAGGCAGCGAAACAAGACCAUGGCUCAUUGAUAAUGAAGUGAGAAGCACGUUUGAUAGAAAACUCAUUUGCGACUUUGUCCCGGCAGCAAAAAAGGGAGAAUAUUGUUACAGUCCUCAUUCGAUCGUCCGUCUCUACGGCUUUACUAAAAUCCCUUUCAUGAACGUACUAAGACCAAGGGUUCUACGCCUCUAUAGACCACCGCCACCCUUCAUUGGCCAUGUUAGACACUUCGCCACUGCUCGUCCCUCGACAAAGUCGAUGAAUUCGUCGAGAUUCGCUAUCGCAACCGCUAUCACGUUGGGUUCUGGUUACUUGAUAUUCUCCUCUGCUCGAAACCCUGCUUUAUCCGAACAACAGCAACCACCGUUGUCUGCCUUUACUACUUCGACUCCUACCUCUACUUUAGCAGAGCUCGAUGAUAUGGGCAAUCGCAUUGCUGUAAGAUCCAAGUCUACUUAUGACCUUUGGUUAUCUUUGGGCAUUUACAAGGUCUGUGCCUCUAGCUGGAUCGUCAAUUUGGCUCCUCAUCUUAUCUCUGCUGCUGAAAAAAUGGGCCUCUCUACUCCUGUAUAUUGGGGCAUCAAGAACAGCUUCUUUGCUUAUUUCUGUGGAGGUGAAACCGCCGAUGAAUGUAUCCCUGUGAUGGAAAAAUUGACAAGAUCUGGCAUUGGCUCUAUUUUGGAUUUAUCAAUUGAAGCUGAUAUAGAUCACGCUGGUGACAGACAAGAGUAUGCUGAAAGCGCAGAACAUGUUACGCAAUUGACUCUAAAGAGCGUUGGCGCCGCUGCUCAAGAAAAUGGUAUGGCCGCUAUCAAGGUGACAGCUUUCAGCAGCCCGAUGACUCUCCUCAGUUUGAACAAAUGGUUCGAACAUGCUCGUGAAGAAUUUGCCUCUCAUAUGGAUCAAGAUGGACGUAUUAAUCGUAAAACUCUUUUGGAUAUCACUCUUAAAUUGUCUAUGGGUAAAAGCCAAGUGGAUUUAAUGCCUGAACAAGUUACCGAUGUUGACUGGAUUGACUACAUGCGUCUGGUAUCUCCUCAAAACCCCAAGGCGGAACCGGUCAUGUUGGAUGCAGGGGUCUCAAAUGAAGACUUGGCAGACUUUAAACACUGUAUUGAACGACUUGAAAGAGUAUGCGACCUGGCUAAAACCAAACACGUCAAGAUCAUGGUCGAUGCUGAACAGAGCUAUUUCCAACGCACCAUUGACCACAUUGCCAUGCUUCUUCAAGCCAAGUAUAACCAUCGAGCCAACGAUGAUGACACCAGUAUGCCAGUUGUUCUCAACACCUAUCAAAUGUACACUAAGGAAGCCCAAUCUAAACUUGCUAUCGACGUGGAACUGGCGCGACGCGAAGGAUUUGUAUUUGGCGCCAAACUCGUGCGAGGAGCAUACAUGGUAUCGGAACGUAAGCGAGCAGCUGAACUUGGCAUUCCAAGCCCGAUUUGCGACACAUUGCAAGACACGCACAAUUCGUACAACGGCGGAGUUGUGUUCUUACUGAAUAAGAUUCAUCAACACGCUAUCGACACGAACCAACCUACCUCAUUAUCCUCCUCUCCAAUCGUAUUCAUGGUGGCUAGCCAUAACCGUGAUUCCGUCAAACUGACUAUCAAAGAAAUGGAUCGUAAUGGCGUCCUUCCCCGCACUGGCGUGGUGACAUUUGGACAAUUGUACGGUAUGCAAGAUCAAAUCUCAUACUGUUUAGGCAAGAACGGUUACUCUAUCUACAAGUAUCUGCCAUAUGGUCAAAUUCAAGAAGUUAUCCCAUAUUUGCUUCGCCGUGCUCAAGAGAACUCGGCCAUCUUCGGAGGCGGAGCAGUGACGAUGGAGAGAAAAUUGAUGUGGGAUGAAGCCAAGACACGAUUGUGGGGCCAACCAACGCCAGAGGUCAUCACUACGCCUGCUACCGACGGCGCUGCUGCCGCUCCUAAUACAUCAUCCGAUGGCGUCUAUUAAACAUUUACCCCCUUCCUCCCUUGUAACAUAGUAUAAAUAAUUUGGAAUCUCUUUUUGCUAGCUGCAGCAGCACUCAUUGUAAAACAUUAUAUAAAAAAAAUAAAAGAGAAUGCUUCCCUUUCAACGGGCGACAUCGCGUC